AAAUAAACGAACAAUUUGUUCGACAACUAAUCGUCUCUCCGGCAUCCUCAUGACAGUUUUUCUUUUUCUUUUUUUUUCCUUUACAGGAGGUCGGCCUAAUCUCGCUCACUCACAUUUCGCGUGGGGGCGUCCGUAUCGAGAAAAAUCCGAAGCUUUGUUUCGCCAACACGAUCGAUUGGAACGCGAUAGCACCGGGCUCGGAAAACUACGUCAAGGAAAAUCAAAAGGAAAACGCCUGUCCCAUCUGUCCUACGGAAACGACGCUGAUGCUGCCGAACGGAACGAAGCAGACGCAGACGUGUCCGAUUGCCCCCAACAAAAGGGGCGGUCACGUUUCGGACCACAAGGAUCACCGACUUUGUUGGGAUGCAAAUCACUGCCAAAAUAAAUGCCACAACAACUGUCCGAACAAGUCGUGCACCGUGACCGGCCAGUGCUGUGACGAAACGUGCCUCGGAAGUUGCAGCGAAGUCGUGCCGGGCCAGCUGCAACGGAACGGAUCAUCCUGUGCCGUGUGUCGCCAUUUGAGCAUCGAUCCGGCCGGUAUCCGGCACUGUGUUACCAAGUGUCCGCAGGGGAUGUUUGUCUACCACAGCCGCUGCGUGACGGCCGAUCAGUGCUACGCUAUCAAGAAACCGAUUUCGUUGGACUCGAACCAGGACCUGCCGACGUAUCCGUUCAUUCCGCACAACGAGACGUGCAUCAUGGAGUGUCCGGCGGAUCACGAGCUGCAGAUCGUGAACGACAAGCGGCGGUGUAAGAAGUGCGACAAGGGAGCCUGUCCGAAGCGGUGCGGUGGUGGGAACAUCGAUAACAUCCAGAGUGCCCAGUCGCUGAAGGGGUGUGAGAUCAUCGAGGGAUCGCUGGAGAUUCAGCUGAGAAGUCGUGGAGGCGAAAACAUAGUCAAGGAGUUAGAGAAAUUCCUCAGUAGCAUCACUGAAAUUAAGGGUUACCUGAAAGUCGUUCGAUCGUAUCCCUUACUUUCGUUAGGUUUUCUGAAGAAACUCAGGAUAAUUCACGGAACACAUGCCAAAAUUUCAAAUUCCAGUUUGUACAUAGUGGAGAACCAGAAUCUGCAGGAGCUGUUCGAUCGAAACGUAACCAUCGGCGAAGGCAAGCUGUUCUUCUACAACAAUCCGAUGCUGUGCGUUGGAAAAAUCAGAGAACUUAAAGCGGUGAAUCCAAAAAUUGAAAUUGAAAACGAAGCCCAGCUGGCGGCAAACAACGGAGACCGAGCCGCUUGUGAGAUUACCGAGCUGGACACAAGUUUGAAAUCGGUAGCCGCCGAAACGGUAAUCAUUCAGUGGGCUCCCUUUACCCAGCUGGCGGACAUUCGGCAACUGCUGGGCUACGUCAUCUACUACAUCGAGGCACCCUUCCAGAAUGUGACGUUCUUCGAUGGACGGGAUGCCUGUAACACUGAAGGCUGGCGGCUUGAUGAUAUCAGUGACUUCAAUACGGAAAAUUAUACCAGCAAGAUUCUGACGCAGCUGAAGCCCUACACGCAGUACGCGUACUACGUAAAGACGUACACGUUGGCUUCGGAGGGUCUCGGCGGUCAGAGCAAGAUCAAGUACUUUACAACCGCCCCCGGAACACCGUCCAUCGUGCGGGACGUGGAGGUAGCGGUUACCGAAGAAGCGCUGACAAUCAAAUGGCGACCGCCGUCCAAAAUGAACGGUAAACUGCGCUACUACGAAGUCUUCGUUGAGUUGAACGCGGAUGGCAAGGAGAUGUUGAAGCAGCGAAACUACUGCAACGAAGAAAUUGACAAAAGCAAAACAGAUACAUCGGUGGAGACACCGACACCAGCUCCGCCCCCGAAAACGUCCUACACCACGGAGAUCUGCACCGAAGAGCAGUGCAGCAAGUUUUGUCUAUCUACUCCUACGUCCGUGUUCGACCGAACUGAAGCCGAGCAGCAGAUCAGUUUCGAGGAUCAGCUGCACAACUACGUCUACAUUAAAAAUCCAACGCUUCGUGGCGAUAAGUCCAACCGUCGGAAGCGCAGCCUCGGUAUGGCCAACAAUAGUUCGAUUGUGUUUCCCAACAUCACCGACACGGGCACCGUCGAAAGCAAGGACCGUCAAACGUUAAUGGAUCCGAUCGAGCAGUUCUAUCUGACACUCUUUAAUACCACCAACCAGACGAGUAUCGUUCUACCGUUGAGCUUCGUUAAACAUUACUCGCUGUAUGUGUUCAAAAUUCGAGCCUGCCGACAUCGUGCUGAGAGUCCGGGAAACAACGUAAAACUGGUCGAUCUGGAACCGGGUUGCGGUAAUGAAGUCAUUCACAACUUCCGCACCCCGAAGAAGGAGGGUGCCGAUGACAUCCCGGUGGACUCGAUUCUUGUGGAAGAGCAGUCGAAUCAAACUCAGCGUGUGAUCAAGGUCCAGUGGAGGGAACCUACUAAACCGAACGGUCCGAUUGUGUCCUACUCGAUAAAGUAUCAGCGAAUGGAUGUGGACUCGGUUCAACCGAGCAUUCAGUGUGUCUCCCACCAGGAGUUCAGCCAGAGUGGUUUUUCUUUUUUGUCCAAACUGGCACCGGGAAACUAUAGCAUUCGUAUUAUGGCAACAACGAUCGCCGGAGAUGGUCCCUACUCGUCUCCGCGCUAUGUAUAUCUGGAAACCGAAGAUAGCAGUCACGUUUGGCUCUGGAGUUUGUUAGCGUUGCUGAUACUGAUUCUGCUGACCGCCCCGGUCGGUGUGUACUGGUACAAGUGGCACUACCUGCCAUUGCAGAACAUGCGGCUCAUCGCUCAGGUCAAUCCAGAUUACGCUAACGUGAUCUACAAAAUCGACGAAUGGGAGGUUGACCGGGAACACAUCACUCAGCUGGAAGAACUCGGCCAGGGUUCGUUCGGUAUGGUGUACAAGGGCAUCCUGACGCAGCUACGUAACGUCAAGUGUAAUACACCGUGCGCCAUAAAAACGGUUAAUGAAAACGCUACCACCAAAGAGCGCGACAGCUUCCUGAUCGAGGCGUCCGUGAUGAAGCAGUUUCACACCCAUCACGUGGUCCAGCUGUUGGGCGUAGUGUCGCAGGGCGAUCCCACGCUGGUUAUAAUGGAAUUGAUGGCAAACGGGGACCUGAAGGAUUAUCUGCGGAGGCACCGGCCGGAUUACGAGAACGGAGAUGAACCGUCACCGCAGCCGCCAACGUUGCGGCAAAUCUACCAGAUGGCGAUCGAAAUUGCCGACGGGAUGGCGUACCUGUCGGCGAAGAAGUUCGUGCAUAGGGAUUUGGCCGCCAGGAAUUGUAUGGUCGCGGAUGAUUUGACCGUGAAGAUAGGUGAUUUUGGGAUGACGCGGGAUAUCUACGAAACGGAUUACUAUCGGAAGGGAACGAAAGGGUUUCUGCCGGUGCGGUGGAUGUCACCGGAAAGUUUAAAGGAUGGCGUUUUCAGUAGCAGCAGCGAUGUGUUCAGCUAUGGGGUGGUUCUGUGGGAAAUGGCCACCCUUGCCUCGCAGCCCUAUCAGGGUCUCACCAACGACCAGGUGCUGCGGUACGUAAUCGAAGGGGGCGUUAUGGAGCGACCGGAAAAAUGUCCGGACAAACUGUACGAUCUGAUGCGACGAUGCUGGCAGCAUCGUCCGACGGCGCGGCCUACCUUCGUCGACAUCAUCAAUAUGCUACUGCCGGACGCCAACGAGCGGUUCCACGAGGUGUCCUUUUUCAACUCACCGGAGGCUCAGGAUAUGGCACGGACACAGCAUCAAAUAAUCUUGGAUGAUGUUACCACACCGUUGCACCCGGGUGGCGGCGACGGCGACGACGAGGACGAAGAUGACAUGAUGGACAAGGACGAGGAAAUGCGCAUCGGUGACGUUGGCACCGAUGACGAGUACUCGAUGGAAAUGACCAACAGUCACCUGGUGCCGAAUAACGGCCCAACGGCCACAAUCCGCUCGCCGCACUCGCCACUAAGGGAGAAACUUGGUAACCGAUUGAUCUGUGAUUCAUUAGCCAUAUCAUAUCUUAGUAGAGAUAUUGAUGAUACCAUAGCCGAAGAAGAGGAACCAAUUGAGGAGGACAGUGACAACAGUGGUAAUAACGAUGACGACGGAGGUGAUGAUGAUGAUGAUGACGAGGCUGCGGAAGGUCACGUAACAGCGAUAGGAGCGCCAUCCGAAGCAACGGAACUAAGGGUGGUGGAUGAAACGAGAGGAGCAAGUGCAGUAUUGAUGACAGCGAAUGCCGCGGUGGCGGCAACUGGGCGUGACCGUGCCCGAGGUCGUCGCAGUAACAGCAGGAAUAGAGAAUUUGAACACAGUGGCAAUAGCAGACAUAGCAGGGUCAAAAGUAGAAGCGUUAGUCCCGGCUAUUCAGGAGCAUCACGAAACCACCGAGCAGCGGCAGGGAAUAGUCGUGCCAGUCAGGACAGGCGAAGAAGUGGCAGCAGUGAAUUUCCAGGUAACGUCUUGCAACAUGACUAUGUAAACAGUGCUCCCGGGGCAGUGCUGACAGGUGGUGAUACCCUGAGCAGUGGUUUCGGUGCCGGCAAUGGUGGCAGUGGGGGGUUCGGUUCAAUUCCGAUGAUCCCUCCGCCACCACAUAAACAGCAACAGUCCCUCAAUAGACAACAGCAGCAUCUGAUCGACAUUGACUCGGAUCCCUAUGGGAAGGAGUUUGACGCGAUCAGUACCGAUAGCAGUAGAAUUUCGGCAGCAAUUGCCGCACCAACAUCAGCAACCGUAGGUAGUAGAAUUAAUGGGCGUGUCGUGCUUCCGGCGCAACAGCAAGAACAUUCGGAAGGUAGUAAAACUGUAGUUCCUCCUCGAUUGAGGAACGGAUUCGUCGAACGAGCUGUUCUUUGGUCCCCUACGCAGGGUUCGACCGGCGAAGCGUGAAAGAACAUGGCCACCCAGAACAGCAGUUAAGCAGGAAAUCACACAGUUCCGUGUGUGGGCCAACCGACGGUGCACACACACACCCACAUUUUAACAGUUCCGCUCGUCCGCCGAUAGCUGGCGGACGCAAACUGAAAAUGAUACAGGCUAGCCUUAGGCACUCGCAAUGAUGGGCCAUAGAUAGCAGAGGAAGUAAACAAGUAUUCAAAACAAAAAAAACCCUUUUUAACCAGUAAAUCUUUUAAGUCCAUCAACCCAUACAUACUCACAUUCAAUCACUCAUUACACUAAUAUACAGAAAGGUGCCCCUUGUUUCUUGUUUGUUGUUUAGCUUCCAACCUCCAACACUCACUCAGAAACACCACACAUACACACACACACACGAAACCAAAAAGAGGCUAACUGACCACUCUCUCCCUUCCCGCACCAAUACACGCAUUACCCACAAAACCAGAAAUCACUAAUCGGGUGCUCCGCCCUUUCGAUCAUAGCCAACUGCGUAGUCGUAACAAAAUUGACCUUCUCUUUUCGUCUUUUGAAAAAGAUUUCCGUUUUUAGGCCGGCAUAUUAAGAGAGGAACGAGAGAGAGAGAGCGCGCGCGAUAAAAUAUGAAAUUACCAUUGUUUUUUAUAGUAAUAUAAAUUUUUUCACUAGAUUAUUUAUUACGGACAUGUGCACCCCUUACACAAACACUCAUAUAUACACACACAGAAACACUUCCAGAGCAGAAGUAGCAGUAAAAAACAAACAAUAACUAGAAGCAACAGACUGACCGACAGCUAGAAGCAAUAUAUAUAUUUUUCUUUUACAUAAGUUUUUUUUUAUUUUGUUUUUUUUUUGUUUCUAAUUUCCAUCCCACCAGAGUAGCAUAGCGAAAGCAAAUAAAAAAUCACCCGCACACACGCAUACACAUACACGCAAACAUUCGCAAACAUGAGAAUAAUCACAGAAACAGACACACUCACAAAUACAUACAUACACAGUUGUGAAUAGGAUUAUAGUAAUAGCUGGUGUAAGGCGCAAGUUCGCUAUAAAGAAGAAGAGAAGAAAAAAGAAAGAGAGCAAAAAAAAUGUUGAUUAUGUUCAUAUUAUUUAAGGAAUCUUUUUGAGAAAGAAAAAAAAACUAGCGAAAGUUUGAAACAGUUGUAGGAUAGAUAAAAUGAAAUAGAGCUACCGAGAAAGAGAAAGAGCGAGAGAGAGAGAGAGAGAGAAACAAAAAAUAGAGAGAUUGAGAGGAAUAUGAGGAAAAGAAAAAAACAGUGUAAAUAUGUUUAGUUUCGGAGAUUGGAUUUCGUUGCCUAUUUUUUAAUCAACAUAAAAACUUUUUGUAAUGUUGAAAAACUAGAUUUCCGUUUCCAUACUUUCGUAAUCACAUCGCCAUCGUUUGGGGUGCUUUCGGGUGGCGCUGGUAGGAUUAAGAGGCUUUCCCUGAUACGAUUUUUCUGUUGUUUUUUAAUUUUAAUGUAGGUCUGUAUGAUGUCCCAGCUUAGUCGAUGGGCCCGCAGAGAUACGUGUCCUGAAAUAACAUCAUUAAGGCGUAAGGUUGUUUGGAUCAAAUAUUCUACCUUCUCCAAAUUCUUUUAAAUAUAUUUAGGAUCUACACUAUCAAAGUCCUGUAGUUGGCCCCAACUUGCUGUGCGGAGCUAAAGUGAUUUGUUGAA